AUGGGUGGUGGUGCGUUCACACAUUGGUUUGAGGGGUGGCCGCAACAGCAGCCGAAGCCCUCCUCGACGAAGAGACAGCCGAAGCCCUCCGAGGAGUGGUUAGCACGGGCAUUGGAGGAUGCAGAACAUAGGAGAGGCCGAAAUGGCAAGGAUAGCCGGAGCCCACCAAGGAGGGCUGCGCGGCGAUCGCCGCCCCGACGAAGCUCACGGAGCCCACGGCGGCGCAGUCCGCCGCGGUAUCGGAGUCGCAGCAGAGGACGAGGCGGCGACUCCUACCGUAUCCCUCCGCCCAAGCAUCGGCCAGAGGGUGUGUCCCAACCAGCAGUGCAGAUCACCCCUGAGAUGCGUGCAGCAUCUGUAGAAUGUGAGGGAUUUCUGUAUGCCACCAUUGAUUUCACGCCACCCAGCACCAUCUGCACUGUGUCUGCGGAAGUGCCAAAGAGUUAUGAUGGCAAGAGAUGCACCGAUGAUGUGGUGCUCCAAUGGAACAACCUUCCGAACGGUUGGAAGCAGGCUCCAUCCAACCUGCCGGCGGUUCUGGAGAAAGUGGUGAAACCCUACCAGUGGGGCACGCAUUUGCUGGUCAUGGAGGACGGAAAGGCCUACCGAACCCCUGGCUGCGGAUCUAAAGGCGAUCCAGGAGGGCUGCAGAUGAUUUGGGAGUUCGAAAAGGGGCCAGGGAGAUUGAAACUCCAGCGCUUGGGCGGCUCGCAGUCCUACUGGUAUGGAAAGCUGUUGAUCCGGGCGCCGGUGCCAAACUGA